UUUUAUGUUGAACCCUCCUUUGCCUCCCACGUACGACAGUAAUUAUUUUGAAAUGCUUAAAUUGAAUGUCAACCGACUCUCAACUCAAUAGACUGUGAAGCGAACUGGAUGGAACAAUGACAGCGGAAAAUGGCACGACGUUUUGUGAGGGGAUGUACUCAAAACUUAUCGACUCUGAUGGUCCAUAUGACGAGCUGAGCUCUCCAAAUGUGCAGGAGCAACAUAUUGUACACGUCUCUCCAGCAAGAGGCAACUCCAGGCAACCUUACAAACUGGCCACAGCAUGCCUGACUGGGCUUUGUGUGAUCCUGCUUUUGGUCCUUGUGGUGAUGAGCUCACGUAGGAAUGUCUCUGAGGUGACAGCCGAUGCCUCCGCUGAGACCCAGCAGCAGACUCUUCCUGUGAACGUCACAGAACUGAUGGAGCAAAUGAAGAACUUGGAGAAGGAGAAUAAGGAGCUGGAGACGGAGAGGGAUAUCCUGCAGGAGAGGGUGAAGGCCUUAGAGGCAACCCCCUCAACCCCUCCUCCUGCACGUGUGACCACUCUGGCCCCGGCAGCCUCCCCGUCCCCACCGGACCUGCCUAAGUGCCCAGCAGACUGGCUCCGCUUCGAAAACAGCUGCUACUACAUCUCCCGCACCACACUGAGCUGGAUGGGCAGCCAGCGGUUCUGUCAACAGAGAGGGGGACACCUGGCCAUUAUCCAUACGGAAGAAGAACAGACGUUCAUUUGGAACAAGCUGGUUCGGGGACACUGGAAUGCCUACUGGUUUGGAAUCACCGAUGAGAAGGCUGAGGGGACCUGGCACUGGGUGGAUGGGACAGCGCUAAAUAUGAAUUCCAGUUUCUGGGAGGAGGGGGAACCCAACAACCACAUUGACGAGGACUGUGGUUACAUUGUGAAGACGCAGGUGCGGAGUCGUGUUCCGACUAAGAGCUGGUACGACGCACCGUGCGAGAUGCACUGGCGCUUUGUCUGUGAACUGGAGUUGACCGCCGUCUCCACAACAGCGAGUGUGUAGAGGAGGAAAAGCUGAUGUGGUGCACAGGCCUCCCUAAAUGCAGCUUGUGAAAUACUAAUAAUGCAAUAACGUGGAUAUGAAAUGAGAAGUGUACAUUCUUUUAAAUGGGAGGAGCACUCCCCUAUUGCCUUAGUUUGUUUUGCUUUUCCUGAAAUUGUAAGUGUAUAAACCCCUGAGAGAGAGAGAGAGAGAGAAAGAGAGAG